AUGAAUUAUGAGGAGUUUCCUACAGAGAAUGGGACUGUUCCCGAAACUGCCAGGCGGAAAAUCUCACCCAUGAGUUUCAUGGCUCAUAAACUAAGAGAAUUAAAACGACCCAGUCGACUCCGUAGUCGUAUCUUCUUCUCUCUAAUUUUCAUCUCUUCUGUGAUUCUCAUUGUUCUUGGUAAAUGGCAUGCAUAUAAAAUCCAACACUCAGCAUCACAACUAGGUUCCUAUGUUCCUGAAAAAUUGGCCGGAGCUUUCGCACCAUACACGAUCAUCGAAAACUCUGACUGGGACGACACUAUCCCAUUCCCUAACAAUGAAACCAACACCAAUACAGAUACAAACCCAAAAUUUCAUCUUAUAAUCCCCGCCUGCAAGAAAUCGUUGAAUCUCUGCAAAACUCUCCUCACAGCAUCUAUCCUAAAUUAUCCACCUCUAACACUCCUAGGCUUCAAAUUGAAAUCGGAUGAAACUGAGGAGAAAGAAGAUAAAGCAUCCGCGCUACAAGAAAUACAAGAUAUGCUUGAUUUUCUCAAUGGGAAAGAUAUGCAAGAUGAUGAUUUAGUGCUACUUUUGAAUGCGAAUACAUGGCUGCAGCUUCCGGGCGAAGUCAUCAUUGAGAGAUUUUUGCGGAAUAGGAGGGAAGUGAAUGAGAAGUUACGUGAAGAAUACGGAGUUGAGAAGGGUAUUGAGGCGGGCACUGAAAUGAUAAGGAAAUUGGGACAGCAGAAAUAUACACAGAAAGUACUUUUUGCCGCGAGGAAAGAUUGUGCUGUGGUGGAUAGGGGUGAGCGAGGAGAUGCAGAAGAGAGGAGGGGGGAACCUUGUUAUGAGAAUAUGAUUCCUCAAUUCCCCUUGUUGAAGAAUCAAGGAGGAAAGAUAAAUCAAUAUAGGGAGUAUCCUCACUUUAUCGAAAGCUCUGCGGGAUAUGAAGGCACUUUGGAGUCGAGCAUGGGAGAUUGCGCAAGAGCGGAAUGGGGAUGGGAAAGCAAUGAAGGGAUGUUCGGUGCAGGAGAUUAUGGCGCAGAUUUUUGGAGAACAGGAAGGGAGGAGGGUGGAAAGACGGAGUGUGGAAGAUUGGAGAUGGAUGGGGUGGUUGGAGGGGAUUUUGAGGGUUUCGAUUGUUGGAGAGGAGAGGGGGAGGGGUGGACAACAAAGUGGAGGGAUGAAUGGGAAUCGGACGUUGGGGGUAGGGGGAAUAGUGAGAGGAGUGAUGGGGAGUUUGGUAUCGGAGUAGAUUAUACGUUGGGGAUUUUUUAUACCGUAGAAAAUUCGGGAGAAGAAUUGAAGGUUACGACAUUUAGUGAGAAGGAGAAGCGGAUCGUGAGUAGAAGAGGAGUUGUUAAGGGGCCAGUAAGAGAUAUCACGAUGUUAUCUGGGGAAUGGGAAAAUAUUCCCGGACCGCUGGAUUUAUGCAGAAUCCCAGAUAUAGAUAUAGAUAAAGACGCAGAUAACGAAAAAGAAAUCAGUCAAUCGGUCCAGGAUCUCAGAGCGGCGAGAGAGAAGAAUAUUUCGUGGGAUUCUAUACCACUUCUUACGUAUAGCGAUGGUGAUGGUGAUGGUGGGUUCAGGGGGGUAAAUUCAAAUCCUCGGGUUCCGGUGUCUUUUUCUUUUGGAUUGGGUUCGGAUUCUGAUUCUGGUCUGAGUGGCAACGAUACAAAUAAAGAGAUAGAGAAAGAAAAAGAGGAAUACAGAAAAAAAGAAGAGACCUCGCAAAAACAAAUUUGGGAAAAAACCUGGUGGAAAACAUGGGGAAAACAACUCUGGGAAAAGUGUACGAAAGGGGUGGAAGAACAGAGAUGGGUGGUGGGAGGAGAUGGGGAAGGGAAGGGAAAAAAGGGAGAGGAAGGCGGCAUAUGGGUAGAUGGGAGAGGAGGGAGGGGAGGCGUGUGGACCGGUGAGAGGGUGUGGAUUGAGUGGGGGGAGGUUUGUGCGGGGGAGGUGAUGGAUGAGAUUUGGGGAUCAUGA